AUGCUAAAUUCACUCUCAUUCCGCUCCAACCGAACCCUUGACGCCAUCAAUCAGUUUCUCAAGGAAAAGCCAGAAUUGAAAGUCCCUUUGACUAAUUGCCUCAACCUUUACAGUUCCGUUGUGAAUUUCUUCAUCGUUGAUGCCAUUAAGGCCGCGAAUCGGAGUGAUAUUCCCCUUGGUCAAGAGUAUAUGUAUGAUUCCAAAAAGAGUAACAACUGUGAAAAUGGUUUCAAACCAAAGCCUUCUCCUUUAG